ACGCUUGGAUGAAAGGAGUUUAGGGAUGAAGGUGUUGAACGCUGAGCUGAAGUCCACGAACAGGAUCCUCGGCUAGGUCCCUGCACUGUCGAGGUGUUCUAGGAUGAAGUGCAGUCCCAUGUUGACUGCAUCAUCCCCAGACCUGUUCGCUUGGUAGGCAAACUGCAGGGGGUCCAGCAGGGGACCUGUGACACUCUUGAGGUGGUCCAGCACGAGAUGUUCAAAGGACUUCAUGACCACAGAUGUCAAAGCGACAGGCCUGUAGUCAUUUAGACCUGAGAUUGCAGGUUUCUUGGGGACUGGAAUGAGGCAGGAUUGGGACACAUGGUCUGGGCCUGCCGCUUUGUUAAUCUUUUGUUCUUUGAAGAUGCGUCUCACAUCCUGUUCAUGAAUGGUUAACGCAGAAGUCAGAGGUGUGGUUAACGCAGAAGUCAGAGGUGUGAUUGUGGUCGGGGAUGCAGCCGGGUGUGUGUGGGGUGUGAAAGUGUCCUUUUCAAAUCUGCAGUAGAAGGUAUUCAAGUCGUUGGCUAGUGUGCUAUUGUUCUCAGCUUGGGGGGAUCGUCGCUUGUAAUUAGUCAGCGAUUGGAAUGCAUGCCAGACUGAUUUAGAGUCGUUUGCGCUAAACUGUUUUUCCAACUUUGCUGCAUAGUUCCUAUUUGCAAUGUUAAUUUCUUUAGUCAGCUGGUUUCUAGCUCGACUAUUCAGGGCCCUGUCCCCGCUCUGAUAUGCGUCCUCCUUAGCUUGGCGAAGCUGCUUAAGUUUAGCAGUGAACCACGGCUUGUUGUUGUUGAAUGUGCGAAAUGAUUUUGUUGGCACACACACAUCUUCACAGAAACUGAUAUAGGAUGUAACAGUGUCCGUAUAUUCAUCCAGGCUGCCAGCUGAAUUUUCAAAGACACUCCAGUCUGUGCAGUCUAAGCAGUUUUGAAGUUCCAUCUUUGCUUCAUUGGUCCACUUUUUCACUUUCACUGUUGGCUUCGCGCAUUUAAGUUCUUGCCUGUACGUCGGUAUUCAGUGAAUUAAGCAAUGAUCAGACGAGCCCAGGGUAUAGCACGGUAUGCGUAUUUUAGCGUAGUGUAGCGGUGGUCUAAAGUAUUAUUUUCCCUGGUAGGACAAUCGAUGUGCUGCUUGUAUUUUGGGAGUUCGUGGUUGAGUUUAGCUUUGUUAAAGUCCCCGAGAAUAAUGAGGGGUGAGUCCGGGUGUUUUUUUUCAAUGUCGUUGACUUGUUCGCUGAGCGUUAGCAGUGCGGCAUUCAUGUUAGCUUGAGGCGGAAUAUUGGCGCCAGCAAGAAUGAAUGAUGCGAACUCAAGCGGCGAGUAGAAUCGCUUACAGUUCAAAAAGAGCGACUCCAAAUGCGAUACAGAAGCAUAUCACGCCUCCCUUUGUUUUCCCCGAUGAUUCCAUGUCGCGGUCUGCUCAAUGAAUAUGGGAAGCAUGACGGCGCCAUCAGGUACAGCGUCGCAAAGCCAGGUCUCUGUGAAGCACAUGGCGGCGGAACGUCCGAAGUCUUUACUGGUCUUUAACAGAAGAUGAAGCUCGUCCAUUUUGUUGGGUAGGCAGCGUACAUUCGCGAGAUGGAUCGACGGGAACGCCAAUCUGUGUCCUCUCUUGCGGAGUUUCACCUGAAUGCGGGCUCGCUUCCCUCUGUGGCGCUGUUUCCGUCUCCAUGCGCCGAAAACCGCGGUCGCCACCCCGGUAAGUAACUCGGGGAAAAAACUGAGCGGAUUUGCGAAAGUUGGUGAAAGAAAGUCCGGAGUAGCCUCCUUGAUGGUCAGCAAGUCUCCCCUUGUGUAAGUGAGUUGUGUAAUGUCUCCAAAGAUGAACGAAAAACACAAAAACAAUACUAGAGAGCGCGUUACCGAGGCGACCACACUGGUAGGCACCAUCUUGGUAUCAAAUAAUAAUCAAUAAGUAAAUCAUGGCUUUUUGUUGAAUCAAAUUUUUUAUGGAUUUGUUCACAUUACAAAAACAAAUGCGACUUCUACUCUGGUUGGAAUGAGUCCAUGACGUCACACGCAUGCGUAACAUUGGGCAUGCGCACAAACACGAAGUGCUGUCUUUCUGAGAGUAAAUAUGGGCCCUCGCAUAGGUCUCGUUAUGAUGCAUUUGUGGCAAUUUCAAGGAUUUUGUGCAACUGGAGUCAAUAUUUUUCUUAUAUUUAUCACUUCUAAAGCUUCUUCUUUUUGCCACUGACUGUUUUCUACUCUUUUUUGCGCCGUUGCUUUCGUGGCGUCUCUGUUUUGUCGAACAAUUGUGACGUUUGAUGGCGUACAGGUCGAAUAAGCACGACUUGAGCGUCCAUAUUGCACUCGCAUCAGAUACAAAUCCGAUUUAUCUCCAUAUAUGAAGGGGGCCUGGUUCGGAUGGUUCUCAUGGUGGUUUGCUGGAGUCCUAAAUCUUUAGAAAUAGCUUUGUAACCCUUUCCAGACUGUCAAUUACUUUCUCACCUGUUCUUGAAUAUCUUUGGAUCGUGGCAUUUUGUUGCAGCUUUUUGUGAUCUUUUGGCCGACUUCAUUUUGUCAGAAAGGUUCUAUUUCAGUUAUUUCUUGAUUGAACAGAUCGGGGGCAGCAAUUACAUUUCCACACAGGACGAGGUCGCUUUGAAAAAAUGUUUCCUUAAAUAAAUAAAAUCACCAUUUAAAAACUGCAUUUUAUGUUUACUUGGGUUAUCUUUGUCAUAUUUAUAUUUGUUUGAUGAUCUUAAAUAUUAAAAUGGGAAAACUACCCAAAAAAAAGAGGAAAGGGGACAAAUACUUUCUUUCAUGGCACUGGAGAUGUUACGUCCCUCAAGUUUGCUACUCCCAACAGCAGUGCAGCUGUUCUGUGUUCAAAAGUGACAGCAGAAUCACGUACUGACAGAUCAAAUCAAAAAUUUCUACUAAAAUGUUAGGAACUAUCUAACAACUGGAAGAUCCUGUCCUGUCAAAACGUUGAGCAAAGCCAUCAGUUGCUUUUUCCAUGUAAUGUCAAUUCACACCAUCAAUUUGUGACUGUCUGAGGCACAUUAACAUUAAGAAGGCACUUUAAUACCGAUAAGGCAGGACGAUUCUAUACUGUAUAAUUACAGCAGAUUACAUCAACUAUAUCCUUGAGUGAUUAAAGAGGUUUCGAAGCAGGAGUUCAAAAUGUAAUGCGCGUAUAUACUGAAUGCGUCUCUCUCUUUUAUAUCACAAGACUGACACAGAGACAGACAUCCAUCACACAUGCGGGUAGUUAAUUAAUCUAUUAAUAUAUCCAUAUUAAUAUAUCUAUUAAUAUAUCUAAUAUAUAUCCAUGAAGAACUUAAGCACAUGAAGGGCAUGAGCAGCUAUAGUAACUUACACAAUUGCUUAUGUACUUAAAGGAGAGACUCGACUCGGGACGUUCUGAGUCGGUGGGGAGAAUACUUCGAAGACCUCCUUAAUUCCACCAAAACGCCUCCCAUGAGGAAGCAGAGUCUGGGUUCUCUGAGGCGAGCGCUCCUAUUUCUGGGGCUUAAAUCACCGAGGUGGUUAAAAAGCUCCUUGGUGGCAAGGCUCCAGGGGUAGAUGAGAUUCGCCCAGAGUUCCUAAAGGCUCUGGAUGUUGUGGGGCUGUCCUGGUUGACACGCCUCUGCAACAUCGCAUGGACAUCGGGGACAAGGCCUCUGGAUUGGCAGACUGGGGUGGUGGUCCCCCUUUUUAAAAAGGGGGACUGGAGGAUGUGUGCCAACUCCAGGGGGCUCACACUCCUCAGCCUUGCUGGUAAGGUCUAUUCAGGGGUGCUGGAGAUGAGGGUCCGUCGGGAAGUCGAAUCUCAGAUUCAGCAAGAGCAGUGUGGUUUUCGUCCUGGCCGUGGAACAGUGGACCAGCUCUACACCCUCGGCAGGGUCCUCGAGGGUGCAUGGGAGUUCGCCCAACCAGUCUACAUGUGUUUUGUGGACUUGGAGAAGGCGUUUGACAGUGUCCCACGGGGUGUCCUGUGGGGGGUGCUUCGGGAGUAUGGGGUGCCGAAACCCCCUGAUACGGGCUGUUGAGUCCCUGUAUGACCAGUGUCAGAGUUGGGACUCGCCAAGGCUGCCCUUUGUCACCGAUUCUGUUCAUAAUUUUUAUGGACAGAAUUUCUAGGCGCAACCGAGGCGUAGAGGGGUUCCGAUUUGGUGGCCUCAGUAUUGCAUCUUUGCUUUUUGCAGAUGAUGUUGGUUUGUGGCACUUCUUUGUUGGUUUGCGGCGCAUUCUUCUUCAGCUUGGUGGCUCGGCGGACUGUAAGCUUCGAAACUGGGAACCAAAAUUUUAGAAUUUGAACGAUUCCGGGUGAAUUGGAAUGUUAUUCUCGGUUCUUGAUACCCAACCCUAAUCCCCACUAUACACAGUGUUGAUGGUGCACUGUUUCGCCCUCCUGAGACGCGAGAUGGUGGACCACAAUUUCCGUGAAGCUGUCUGGAAGUCUUUCUCCAUGGCCUCACCAAUUUCCUCCCACACCUGUGUUUUUGCCUCAGCGGGCACCAAAGAAAGCCACAUUCCGCUUGGCCUGCUGGUACCCAUCAGCUGCCUACCGAAUCCCACAGGCCAAAAAGGCUUGAUAAGACUCCUUCUUCAGCUUGACGGCAUCCCUCACCGAUGGUGUCCACCAACGUAUUAGCGGGUUGCCGCCACCUUAUGACCAGUUUCAUUUGGACGCCUCAACAAUGGAGGCACAGAACAAGGCCCACUCGGACUCCGUGUCCCUCACCUCUCAUGUGACAUGGUCGAAGUCCUGUCGGAGUUGAAACACCUUCUUACAGGGGACUCCGCCAGAUGUUCCUAGCAGACCUUCACAAUACAUUUGGGUCUGCCAGGAUGGACCAGCAUCUUCCCUCACCAUUGGAGCCAACACACCACCAGGUGGUGAUCAGUUCACAGCUAGGCCUCUCUCUUCACCUGGGUGUCCAAGACGUGUCUAAAAGUCCAAUGACACGACCACAAAAUCAGUCAUUGAACUGCGGCUUUGGGUGUGCCCAAUAAGCGUGCCCACACCUGCUCGGCGCCUUUCACCAGAGCAACUCCAGAGUGGGAGAGAUUGCACCCCCUCUCAAGAGGUCUUGUAUCAGAGCGCAAGCUGUGUGUGGAGGUGAGCCCAAAUAUAGUAUAUCUAGUUGGAACUUCUCUACCUUGUACACCACCUCAGGCUUCUUCCCUGCCAGAAAGGUGAUAUUGAUGUCCCUAGAGGCAGCUUCUGUAACGGAGGAUUGGACCGCCAAGGGCCUUCCCUUCAGCUGCCACCCAGCUCUCUAAGCACCCGGUCCCCUUGGCUCCUCCCACAGCUGGUGAGCCCAUGGGAAGAUGGACCCACAUUGCCUCUUUGGGCCGGCCACCAGGCGCUUGCUAUCGAGCCCCAGCCCCAGGCCUGGUUCCAGAGAGGGGUCCCGGUGACGUACGUCUGGGUGAGGGGAAAACGUUGUCCAUUUGUUUUAAUCAUCAUGGGGGCUCUGAGCUGUGCUUUGUCUGGUCCUUUACCUCGGACCUGUUUGCCAUGGGUGACCCUGCCAGGGGCAUAAAGCCCCAGACAACUUAGCCCCUAGGAUCACUAGAAGACACAAACCCCUUCACCACGAUAAGGUGACUGCUCAGGGAAGGGAAAAUGUAUAGGUAUUUAAUUUUUUUUGAAAAUUCAACCAAACAACCAAUUAUUUAACGAGAGAAAUUACUUUUUUCACCGGCGGGCACACCGAUGCGUUUAUGCAAUCUGCAUCAGUGUUAACUUGCUUUGAGUUUUCACAUAACCUGCUUGCUGAACGCCCCCACCAGUAUUGCUUUACCUCCAGUGCUAAAUAUGCAGGUAAUGUUUUCAUUCAGUGUUAAAAACAAAAAUCACAAUUGAGUUUUGCUGUACGAUAAAUUCAUCUUUGCCUGUAGGACCCCAGAGGUCAAUGACAUGCCUGGCAGGCCAGCAAUGCACUGUGUGAACCCUCUGUACUGAAAAGCAUAUACAGUAUAAGUAUUAAGUAUAAAACAGUAUAGGUUUUAUAAUCAGGUAUGUACUGUAUAUGUCAGAGCAUUUUGUAUUUUACUUUCAUUUACAUCAGUUGACAACACUUUUUGCAUGUGUGGCCCUUCUAUGUGCAUAUUGCAUAAGGUGUACUUUAUUGAGGAAAAGCCUCAUUUCUUUUGGGGACAUGGUAAUUCAUAGUUUAACUGUCAAUAAAGUUUUAAGAGGCCAAAGAGCAUUUUAAAGAAUGAUGGUGCAAUCACAUUUCAAAAAAAGAUUAUUUUAUGUUCACGUGCUUUGAACACUGACCCCAUAAAACAUAACAAUGGUUAAUUUUUUUCCACGCAAUUUUCCUUCCCACUACUAUUUGGCAGUUGCCAGCAGGGCUUAAAGAGCAGUGGGCGGGGCACUUUCUUCACCAUCAUCUUAUUGGAUAACUAAGAGAACAGGAAAUGAUCCAGUCCAGUCAAAUCUACAAACUAUGGACUGUCGAGCACACGCAUUCAGCUGUCUCUCAAAGUUGACUGGCCACGGAUAAUUAUCUUCUGCCAUCACAUUUCCAAUAUGUCUACAGUCAAGGAAACCGCUGCUGCCUGCCUCUCAGAAUCCACAAUCUGCUCUGGUGCUAACUGCCUUGUUCCAACCACGGACUUUAAUGCAUUACUGAGUCUAAUAUUGAGCACUGUGCUCACUAUCAUGUUGGCUAUGGUCAUGUUUUCCAUGGGCUGCACUGUGGAGGCCCAAAAACUUUGGGGACACGUGAGGAGACCCUGGGGCAUCAUUAUUGGUUUCCUCUGCCAAUUUGGCAUUAUGCCUUUUACUGCCUUUGCCUUGUCACUUGCUUUCAAUGUGUUGCCUGUUCAGGCCAUUGUCAUAAUUAUCAUGGGUUGCUGUCCCGGAGGCUCCGGUUCCAAUAUUAUUUGCUACUGGCUUGAUGGAGACAUGGACCUAAGUAUCAGUAUGACAGCCUGUUCCUCCAUCCUGGCCUUGGGAAUGAUGCCACUAUGUCUUCUCAUAUACACCUCCGCCUGGACUUCUUCAGACACCAUCCAAAUCCCAUAUGACAGUAUUGGUAUCACGCUUGUGGCACUCCUUGUCCCAAUCAGCGUGGGAAUGUAUGUGAAACGCAAAUGGCCCCACGUGGCGAAAAAGAUCCUCAAGUUUGGGUCCAUUACAGGCUUUGGUCUCAUUCUCAUCAUUGCUGUGGUUGGUGGAAUUCUUUACCAGUCUUCCUGGACCAUUGCCCCCUCGCUUUGGAUAAUCGGAACUAUCUACCCCGUUAUUGGUUUUGGGCUGGGCUUCCUUCUGGCCCGCUUUGUGGGUCAACCAUGGUACAGGUGCCGAACAAUUGCUUUGGAGACCGGUUUUCAGAACUCCCAGUUGUGUAGCACCAUUGUCCAGCUGUCCUUCAGUCCCGCUGAACUGGAGGUCAUGUUUGCAUUCCCCCUUAUCUACAGCAUCUUUCAGCUGUUGGUGGCAGUCCUGUUCGUGGGAGGAUACCAAGCCUAUAAAAGGUCAUGUGGCCUGGGAUCAGUCGAAACAGACAGUGAAUCACCGUCAUUCGAAGAUGGCUAUGCAGAACGAGCAAAAGAGAAGCGCUGUCAUGUGGAAAAUAGCCCUGUCGAGUUGAACGAGGAUCCUAUUAAUAAGGGCAAGAACACCCAGCUCUGAGAUUAUGCCUCUGAGGACUUUGUACUUAAGAAAAUGUUCUCCACAAGCAGGGCAAUACUGCUGAACGCACCAAACUGUGCAGACCAGGCACAAUUGAACUCGAUUUGACAUUUUUGAGGGAACCUCUGAUUAGCGGGUUACCCAAAUGAAUGGCGAGUAGUAUAUUAGUGUUUUUGGAGAGGCACCAUUUUUCAUUCUCAGAACAAGUGUGAACAAUCACCAUUUAUUUAUAGCAUCUUAGAAAAAGAGCUUUUCAGAUAUAUUACAGUAUAUAUAUAGAUAUAUAUUUUCAGUUAUUUGACUCGAUGUAUACCUCAUAUUUGUUCAUAAAUUGAUGACUGACCUCAGGCAUACCUUACAUUUAUUUGACUGCUCAAUUUUUUCGGAGCAAUAUUGAUUUUCACUCUAAUGUAUUUGUCCAAUGCACAUGUAUUCAAUGUUCGAUCCGAUCACAAGAUGGAGGAAUCUGUCUAUUUAUAUUACCUGAUUAUUUACUGUAUAUACUUGUGUACUUAAUUGCUCAAAAAAAUGAUAUUUACAAUAAAUAAUGUAUCUUUGUUCCUCUA